AUAUCAACCCUGUGCAUUAAGGUCACACUGCCAUUCGAUGACACCGACCGCCCCUUCUUUUUUCAACGUGCAACCACACUGGUUCAGCGCUGCUCAAAAUAAAAAGAUUUGACUAUCUCGACCAGAGAAAUUGCUAAUAAUGGCUGCUGCACCCAAGGACAUUGAGAAGCCCCAUGGCGGCGAUUCUGCUUCAGUGCACCGCAUUCGCAUUACCCUGACCUCCAGGAACGUGCGUUCUCUGGAGAAUGUGUGCCGUGACUUGAUCAACGGUGCCAAGAACCAGAAUCUGCGUGUCAAGGGCCCCGUACGCAUGCCAACCAAGGUCCUGCGCAUCACCACCCGUAAGACUCCUUGUGGUGAGGGUUCCAAGACCUGGGAUCGUUUCCAGAUGAGAAUUCACAAGCGCAUCAUCGACUUGCAUUCCCCAUCUGAGAUCGUCAAGAAGAUCACGUCGAUCAACAUCGAGCCCGGCGUAGAGGUUGAGGUUACCAUUGCCAACUAAGAACGGCUGAUGUCCUUUUUCUACAA